ACAGCUUUUGCCAGGGCUGCCAAAUCAUACAGCUGAUUUUUCAUGGCCCAAAUCAGCUGUUUAUGGCAGCUGAGGAAAAAUAACAAAUAACAAAAUGAGUUCUUUUCUCUUUGACAUAAAAUUAAAACGCGAAAAUAAAGUGUACUACGAAAAUGACAUGCUGUUGGGCUGCGUGCAGUUUCAGUGCUCGCAGGAGACGAAACACGAAGGAAUUAUGCUAUAUCUGGAGGGAAUCGUUAAUUUGCAGCUGAGCAGCAAAACUGUGGGACUGUUCGAUGCCUUCUAUAACUCUGUGAAGCCUAUUAAUCUCCUGCAGAACAGCUUGGAGCUAUCUGCUCCCGGAAAGCUGAGCGCCGGCCGCUCGGAAUUCCACUUCGAGCUUCCUUUGGUUUGCAAAAAGGAACCAAGGAUGCUGUACGAAACCUAUCACGGCGUCUUCAUUAACGUUAACUACCAGCUGAACUGCACGGUGAAGCGGAAUUUCCUUGGCAAGUCCAUGACCAGAAUCCAACAGUUUUGCGUACAGUACAAGCCAGUGGCCCUCAGCGAGGAUUCUUUGAAGGCGGUGCCCUUCAGUCUGAGUCCGGAUUCGUUACAAAAGAAUGCCACCGCCAAGGAGAGACUUUCAAUGCCGCGAUUUCUCAUCACAGGCCGUCUAGAUCGUAGUGAAUUCUGUGUGACAACCCCAAUUACCGGCAGCAUUACGGUCCAGCAUACAGAGGCGGCAAUUAAAUCCAUAGAAAUGCAAUUGGUUCGCGUGGAGACGUGCGGCUGCGAUGAGGGCUACUCCAAGGAUGCCACCGAAAUCCAGACAAUACAAAUAGCCGAUGGCAAUGUACUGCCCAAACUGGAGCUGCCCAUCUAUAUGGUUCUGCCCAGAUUGUUUACCUGUCCCACGCUGCUCACCAAGAACUUUAAGAUUGAGUUUGAACUUAAUCUAGUGGUUGUCUUCAAGGAGGACUAUACAGUGAGUGAGAACUUCAAAAUAGUCUUGAAACGUUCAGUGGGUCCGUUUUCGAAUAAAAUUAAUACUGCAGGCCGUUAAAGUAUAUUCCAAUGAAAAUUGGCAGCUAUACGUUUUUUUUAAUAUUUGUAUAUCAUAAUAUUAAUAAGGACAAAUCUCAAAAUCCUCGAAAAUAGGCAACUAUUUUGAUUCCGAAUAAAAAGCUGAAAUAUUAAACCUAACUAAAGUUUGUAAAACACCACAAUAAAAUAUAAAAAAAUU